ACCAAUCAUUUCGCUCCGAGCGCACAGCCCCAGCAACCCAGCUCUACUUUGUUCGUGCGCUCGUUGAAGGGGAGUCGCGUAAAAAAAACGACUUCUGUCCUUACAUGUUUUGAAUUCAAUGAACCGUGUUUUGUAUAAUGUCCGAGAAUGUCAAUUUCUGGAACUCUGAGCAACUAUUAUGUGGACUCUAUAAUAAGUCACGAGAGCGAAGAUCCGACUUCAGCCAGGUUUUCCAAUGUACAGUAUUCCAACUCCAGGCAACCGGGGGGACAUGGCGAGCAUCCCGAAUUCCCCUCUUGUAGCUUCCAGCCUAAACCUCCAGUUUUUAGCUCGUCGUGGAGCCCUUUCAGCCCCCAUGCCUCCAAUGGCUUACCAGCGGUUUACCAUCCAUACAUCCCGACUCAGCCCGUGCCUUCCACCGACACCCGAUACAUACGCACUUGGCUCGACUGCGCUCCGCGCUCGGAGUCCCUCCCCGGGCAGGGACAGGUCAAGAUGGAGCCGCUACUGGGACACCUCGGGGAACCCCCCAAAAUCGGUGGACACGAGUACAUUUUGGAAUCCUCUUCGGCAAGAGAGAUGAAUUCCAGCCAGGGCUCCGGAUUCGAGGACAAUAAGGAUAUUUGUGAAGUUAGCGAAGACAAAGACGGGCCAGAUCAAAAUGACCCCUCUGCCAACUGGUUGCAUGCCCGUUCUUCCAGGAAGAAGCGGUGCCCUUACACGAAAUACCAAACCCUCGAGCUCGAGAAAGAGUUCCUCUUCAACAUGUACCUCACCCGGGACAGAAGGCAUGAGGUAGCACGCUCGCUGAACUUGACCGAGAGACAAGUCAAAAUAUGGUUCCAAAACCGACGGAUGAAAAUGAAGAAAAUGAAUAAGGACCAACCCAAGGAUUAAGAAAAAAAGGGAGUUAUAUUAAAAACACCACCAUCACAAAGAGUCUGCUUUCGCGUGACUUUUUCCUUAAAUAGGCAUACAUGGACUGUCAUGGGUAAAGUGGGGGUGCAGGAAGCUUGUUUUUAUUAUUUUACAUAUCGAUGUGAAAAACACCCUCUGAUAUUAUAGAAGCGCAGACCAGUAGAGCAAACUCUUAUGGUCCUUUGUAGCUGAGUUGGUAUAGCAUGGCGCUUGUGACGCCAGGGAAGUGGGUUUGUUUCCCGGGACCACCCCUUACAUAAAAUGGAUACACGCAUGACUGUAAGUGCUUUGGAUAAAAGCGUCUGCUAAAUAGCAUAUAUUACAUUAUAUAGUAGAAAGGAGGGUGGAUUCACGCGGCUCUUUCUCAAGCACUACUUUUAGCACUUAUUUAUUGCUUUACGCAUGACACCAACGCUUCAUCAGGAGAGGCAUGGAGGUGCUGAAACGUCGGUUCCGUGUGGUCAUUAAUACAUAAGAGAAACGGUUGUAGUUAAAGGGAGUGUGCGACCUGCAUUUAUUCUUAUCUUUUAGUUUUUUCGCCGCUCCAUUCCUCUCUUCAGCUCCAUAGAUGCGCCGGACAUAACUGGUCUUUCACGAAAAAUACAUUAUUUUAUUAUUCGAGCAGCAGUUCCCCCAACUCAGUCGCCCCAAUUAUGUUAUAUUGUAAAUCGAUUAAUAAGCUAGUGUAAGGGGUUGGCCUAUUAUUAUUAUUAUUAGUGUAUUAUUUAUAAUUCCUUGUAGAGUCACAUCCCCCAGAGCCCCUUUGACUGGCUCGUAUUUAGUAAAAUAUCAGGGUUCCAUGUAUUUGUUGUAAUCCCUUUAAAUACUAACUCAACAGGUAUGUGCACACUCUUAUAUGUAUCUCUUUUUUCUACAUGUGCAUCAUUUUACCUUCAAGUUCCUUGUGCGUAAAAGUGCGUAAUAACCUAAUAAGGGUUUCAUAUGGAAAGGUCUAUGGCAUAGCUCUCCAACCCUGUUCCUGGAGAGGUACUUUCCUGUAGGUUUUCACUCCAACUCCAGUUGUAACUAACCUGAUUCAGCUUAUCAACCUGCUAAAUAUUAGAAUCGGGUACGGUAGAUGAGGGUUGGGGUGAAAAGCUACAGGACAGUAGCUCUCCAGGAACAGGGUUGGAGAACCCUGGUCUAUGGGGUAUUUAUCCUUUAACAUUUCCUUGCGGCCAAUGUUACUAUUUCGUUGAGUAAUUGCUAAAAAUAUAACUUAAAGAGUUUAAGCCGCUACUGAGAGUAAAUAUUUUAGACUACUUUGAUGUGGAAAUUAAUCAGGAAUACGUGUUUUCGGGUAGAUAGCGCGACAUGGUAUAUUUCCUUGAACCAUCAUAUACAACAUGCUAGUUCACAUUCAAUAUGGAACCUUGUUCGUGAUUGGGAUUAAGCCUAGUUUUAUAUAGUUCGGUCUGCCAAUAUAAGGUCAGCAGACCCAUUGGCCUGUAGCCAACUUGCAUUCAUCUAAUGACUGUGCAUUCUAACAGUGGAACGUUUUUAAACAUUUACGUGGAAAUGAAAGGGCCUUCAAUAACCCGCCCGUUUACACUCUCUCUCGUUUUGAUAUAUGCCAUAAAAAGAUUUACUCAUAUGCGCUUAAAUACAGGAUAUAACAUCCGUCGAAGAAAAACAAGCCUACAUUGUCUAAGAAUAAAAAUGUUUACAUUGUUAGCGCAUGCCUAAUAUCAUACUGAAAUGUAAUUUAUUUCUUUACGUUUGUGUGUUUUGAAAAUGAAAUCUAUUUGAAGAAAAGCAGUUUUUGGAUGGUAAUAUUUCUAAUUGAUUGUAAAUAGACCUAGGUGAAUAACCUCGAUUGUUUUAAUUGGAAUGAGUUGCAUAUGUUAAAAAUGGGUGUUUUGGGAAAUGACAUCGGAGUUGAAUGAGCAGAAGUCAUUUUUCCAGUUUUAGAUAUUGUUUACAUGUUCUUGUCCAGAAUGUAUUGAGCGUUAAUUGAUUUAACCGUGUUGUCGAUACAAUAAGGAAUGAUGUACUUAUUUGGUGUACAUGUAUUUUUGUUUGUUUGUUUGUGGGAGUACUUACAAACAUCCUGGGAAACUCUUAUGAUGCAUUUUCAGUGAGAUAUGAAAUGGGUGGCGUUUCUGGAGUCGCGCGCAUGGCUGUCCUUCAUUCUGAAUAUUAAGGAGCAUUAGACCCUAUUCUCUCCAUGCGCUCGAGCCUCGCAGAUUUCAUUAUAGAGGCCUUCAGGUCAUCUCAGUUGGACUCUUCAUUUUUACAUUUACAUUACAUUUAAGUCAUUUAGCAGACGCUCUUAUCCAGAGCGACUUACAAAGUAACAACAACGCUGUAAGCACCGACUCCAGAAAUUACUAACCCCCUCUCAGUCUUUUUUUUAUAUCACAUUAAUCUCUUGUGUCUCUCAUGUAAAUUGUAUUCAGUCCUGUGUUGUUUAUCUGUGAGAUAGCACUGCUGAUGUUGGAUUCGUAUUAAAAAAUAGUUUACAUUAGAACAAUGUCUCGGCACUUUUUUAC